AUGACCGACGCGCAGAAGAGGCUCAAUGUGUUCCCCACCCGAAUGACGCUUCAGCUCAUGAAGGGUAAGCUGAAGGGCGCGCAGAGGGGUCACGAUCUUCUCAAGAAGAAGGCCGACGCCCUGGCCAUGCGCUUCCGCGUCAUUCUCAAGAACAUCAAAAAGAACAAAGCGGCCAUGGGUGCCAUCAUGAGGAAGGCCCACCUGUCGCUCGCCUCUGCCAAGUAUGCCGCCGGUGAAUUCAGCACGUCGGUGAUCGAGAACGUCACACAGGCCACGUUCAAGGUCAAGCUCGACGAGGACAACGUGGCUGGUGUGCACUUGCCCAUCUUCAAGAACUACGCCGACAUCUCCAACUUGCCGAAGGAGCUGCACGGUCUCGGCAGGGGUGGUCAGCAGGUGCGGGAGGCCCGCGAGACCUACAUCAAGGCCCUCGACGCCCUCGUCGAGCUGGCCUCGCUCCAGACGGCCUUCAUGACGUUGGACGAGGUGAUCAAGAUCACCAACCGUCGUGUGAACGCCAUCGAGUACGUGGUGCUGCCCCGUAUCGACAACACCAUCAAGUACAUCAUGUCGGAGCUCGACGAAGGCGAGAGGGAGGAGUUCUACAGACUCAAGAUGAUUCAGAAGAAGAAGGAACAGAGGAAGAAGGCCGCCGCCGCCGCCAAGGGCGUGGACGUCGAAGACGAGGUGCCCUACCAGCAGCAGAUCGAGCAGCCCUCGGACUUGACCAACGAGGCCAGGGAUCCCGACCUUUUGUUCGCCGACUAA